AUCUCAUUUUUUGUUUUAGAUGUGUUUUUGAUACUUUUUGUCAUAAUUGUAAGUUUUAACGAUUUUUUCAUGAAUGAUUUUUUUGAUAUUUCGUGACAAAUGGAGGGGGGUGAAUUGAUCCUUUGUUCAUAGUUUUUCAAAGCUAAGCCAAAAAUCCAGCAAAGUCUUCAAUAAAAUAGGCAUAAACGUAAACCGGCGGCACCCUUCUCCUCCCUAGCAGCUGUCGGCUACAGAUUGAUUCCCUACAUCUUGGGUGCUUCCUCCGCUGCUGCUGCCGGCGUUUCUCCUUAUUCUCUGCCGACGUUUUUUCCUCCACCGCUCGCUGCCACCGUUUCCACUGUUGUUCAACAAAGGCUAUGCCGGAAUUCACACUUCAAGAUUCAGAAACUUCUUGUUAAAGCCAGAGCUUCUUCAGGCCAUUAUAGAUUCUGGAUUUGAACAUCCAUCAGAAGUGUCAAACGUAUUUGUUUGUCUAUUCCUUGGAAGAAAUGAACCGGGCACAGGCAAUAAAGCGGAAACAGCCGGAAUCAAAUUCUCCAUCUCAGUCUCUGACCGAACAUGAGCGUACCCUUUACAAUGUGAUAAAGAACAAACAGGAUAUGGGGAUUUGGACACGAGACAUGAAACGGGAAACCAAUCUCCCGGACAAUGUGGUAAAUAAAUCACUAAAGGUGCUUCAGGCCAAGAAUUUGAUAAAAGAGGUGGUCAACAUUCAAAACAAGGGACGGAAACAUUACAUGGCAACAGAAUUUGAGCCUUCAAAGGAAAUAACUGGAGGCGAGUGGUACAGUGAAGGGAGCCUUGAUACGGAGUUCAUAUUGCGCUUGAAAGAGAUCUGCACUAAGCGAAUAUUUCAGCUGAAAGUUGCUACAUUGGAGGGAGUUACAGACUCGAUUAAAAGGAGUGGAAUUAUCAACAUGGACUUAACGAAACAGCAAAUUGAAGAAAUUGUGAAGGCUUUGGUUUUGGAUAACGAGAUCAUAGAAGUCAGGAGUAAUGGAAUGGGAGAGUUUACUUCUAUUCCAAUUGGUACAGUUUGUUAUAAAUGCGUCCGUAGGGGAAGCAUCGGAGGGGAACCAAAACCCGGGGCGCUGGCUUCCAUUCCUUGUGGGGUUUGUCCAAGAAUAAAUCAAUGCACACCUAAUGGUAUAAUAUCUCCACAAACUUGUAUCUACUAUACCAAGUGGUUGGAUUUUUGACUUGAUUGUUUUUUGUUUUAAAAACAGUGCCAUGGUAUAUUUGCAUAAUGCUAUAAUACCCUCAAAAAUUUCCUUUUUGAUACCAAAUAAUUGAAGCUUUAGCA